AUGGACCUGUGGAUGAAUAACAAAGAGGAUGGAAGCAAAUCACAGCUGAACAUUGCACUGCAUUGGAUCCCAUAUCACAUGCCUAUCUCAAGUGUGCUACCUCUAGGACAUGCCUGUUUUCAAGUCAGUUUAGUUGCAAGUGAUUCAGAUGGAUCAGAGAAUGAGGACAACAUGCAACAUGCCAUAAGGCCAUGCAGCUGGGUAAUAUUGGACCUCACCAUUAGAUGGCUUGUGAAGAAGGCCAACUGGAUAGUGGGCUUGUAUUUUGUCACUGAAGAGUUGCUUGACCAGAUUACUGAUUGGUUGGCUGGCUCCGAUAAGACAAUUGAAGAGCUGGUGAAGGUACCCAAUGAAUUUUGGGAGAGUGUGCACACACAGGACAUGCUCUUGCUGGUGGACAUUGACAUUGAGACAGAAUACCCCCCCAUUGAACCUUGCAUACUCUUCCAAGCACCAGUCAAGACUUCUAUUUUUAGACAGAACUAUGGACAGGGUACUACUCUGGAGCACCUGAGGGUGUUUGAUCUCUCAUCAAGGUCAUUUAUGGUAAAUCCUGAUCAAAACAUGACACACGACCACCCCAUUGAUUUACGUAACAGCCCAAGAUACUCUGACAUAGAGGAGGCAACAUGGGUUUUUGGGAACAGUGAGCGCCUGCAGUACACUGCAACUCCCCAUAUGGCAUUGACCCCGCUUCUAUGCAAUGGGCAGGCAACUGAGCUUGGAAUUUAG